AUGUUGGUAACUAGCUAUGCAUCUAGCAGUAUUCGUAUUCUCAUUCUUCGAUUACUGUUAGACUUUAGUAUGAACAGCAGAUAUACAUAUGUGGUAACACCAGAUGGUCAAGAUCAUUUUAUGUUAAAAUUAAGUGGACAACCAAUUAAUUUUAAAGUACAACCAGAUUGGUGUUGCAAUGCAAAGCGAUGUGUUCAAUUCAACAGUAUUGUUUUCGAUCGAGCAGAUUGGGGUGAGCAAAAACAAGUUGAUAUGUCGUUUGGUAAUUAUGGCUGUUGUUCGUACGAAAUCACUGUGGUCAGCGGAGGAUAUGAGUGGCUGUUUUUUAAAUCGACGUUUGUUGUUUAUGCAUGCGACGGAAACCCCGGCUAUGAUUGUACCGGUAAGGAACCAUGCGGAUCUUGA